AGAAGAGGGAGGACUGAAUACUCGGAGCUGUUGAAUCUACCAGUUCGAUUCAAACUCCGAACCCACAAUGAUCCAAUGAAGAAUUCAGGCGAUACACAGUGACGUUUUCGGAAUUUGGACUCAGAUUGACAAAACCUACUCGAACUGGUACUGAGCCCUCGGGUUGCUCCGCCUCCCCAUAUGUAUGCCCAGGCCCUCUGACCUCUCGAGUAUCAAUUAGAAAAGGUUGCAACUUUCCAAGUAGUGCUGAAGGGAUUCGUCGUCUUCACGCGGAGGCGGUUUUGCUCCAAUGAAGGCCUGUAGCGUAGCCAGGAUAUUUGGCUUAUGGCACCCAUGGAAUCUCUGCUCUGUGCUCUUGAGAGUUUUGCGCAAGCUGCUAGUUCUUCCUCCCAGUUUAAUGAAGAAAUCCCUCGAGCGAAAACAUAUUCAUCCAGCACACUUGGAGAUUGAAGUGGGCAAAUUGCCAGAGUUGCCGCAGGAUGUCCUCAUGGAUAUAUUUGCUCUUCUCGAGAUCCCUGACCUAAUGCGUGCCAGCUCCAUCUGCUCCUCCUGGCGCUCCAUACAUACUAGCCUAUGCAGUCUUGGGCUGUACAAGCGGCCCCAGACGCCGUGCCUCUUCUACACCUCGGAAUCUGCUGGAGAGAGUGUUGCGUUCCUCUACAGCCUGGCGGAGAAGAGGUCAUACAAGUUGACUCUCCCGGAGCCUCCUAUUCGCACUAGGUAUGUGAUUGGCUCCUCAAAUGGCUGGCUGGUUACUGCUGAUGAGAGGUCUGAGAUGCAUCUUCUCAAUCCAAUCACCUGUGAACAGAUCGCUCUACCGUCGGUGAUCACCAUCGAGCAUGUGACUCCCAUUUUCAAUGAAGCAGGUGCCUUAUGUAUGUACCAUUAUUCACCCCACACAGCUGAGUACUUUAAUGACGAACCCAGAUCCCUAGCUCUCGCCACGCUGCGGAACUACCUCCAUAAUAAGGCAUUCGUAUUUUAUGAUGCAUCUGCAGGAGGACAUAUUGUGGCGCUUAUCCACAGUCCGUACGGGCAGCUUUCAUUUGCUAGGUUAGGGGAUAACAAAUGGACCUGGCUGCCACCACACUCUGAUUUUCAGGACUGCAUCUACAAGGAUGGUCUGUUAUAUGCAGUGACAUUGAAAGGAAAAAUUUACGCCUUCGAUCUCAGAGGCCCUAUGGUCACAACGGAGUUAAUUUUAGACAUGGUAGAAUACUGCUCGAAUAAGUACAUUGUCCAGGCUCCGUGCGGCGAUCUACUGCAAAUCUGGAGAACCCGGGAGGGCAGUGAAGAUGCUGGCCCUCCAUCAUAUGUGAUUAAUACCACGAAUAUCAAGAUAUAUAAAGUUGACACCAGGGCUAAAAAGCUUGUGGGAAUAAAUAGCUUGGAUGAUCACGUGUUCCUUCUUGGGCACAACCAAACACUAUGUCUAAGUGCUCAAGAGUAUCUGCAGUUGAAGGCAAACCGUGUUUACUUUACAGAUGAUGACGAGACGUAUCUUUAUGGAUGUAAGGAUAACCAUCGUGAUAUUGGAAUCUUUGACUUGGCAAAUAGCACUUGUGAGGAACUUGUGUCCCCUCAGCUUUGGUCCAAUUGGCCUACGCCCGUAUGGAUAACACCAACUCUUACAAGACUGUAAAGGAUGAACCUUCCUUUGUUUGAGUGACUUAGUACAGGUUUCAUGUUUGAGUUCUUGUAAGGAGAGUGCCUGCGAGCCGCUUAUAUUUGCUUCUUAUAUUAAUUAUCUGUGCUUACCUGAUCUGUAGGGGCACUAUAAUCUGUUAAACACAUGGGAUGUUUGUCCCUCGGUUGAAAUUGAGAAGUUAUGCUGUAAACUUGUUAGUGCAAUGCACAUGUGGCUUUGCUUAUUUAUAUUCUACUGGAGAGAAUUUGAAAGUAGAAAGAUUUUUGCUAAUCUAUUGCACCUAUAUGACCACUC